UCCACAGCACCACACUUUCUUGCAUUUCAAAGAACAGAACUGCCAUGAAAGCUCUCAUCUUUACACUAGUAGUAAUCACCUUUGCCUGCUUCCAGAGAGCAAUCUCUGCUGACCCAGAUAUAAUGCUCUGAUUUUCUGGCUCCCCCCAAAUAGGACCGUAAAUGGCAGCUUCUUCACCUUUUCUGCCCUACGGGUCUAUUCUCAAUAAUUUUGCACCACCUACAAAUUUCACAGUCAACAAAAUAAGCAUGGCAGAAUUCCCUGCUUUAAACGGACAGAGUGUCUCUUAUGCCCUUUCGCAGAACCCUGCCGACUCAGUAAACCCUCCUCAGUCCUCACACCCACCCUCGUGCGGCAGAGCUUCUCUUCCUCGUCUACGGGACUGGUUCACUAUCAGUUCAACUGCGAUGAGAAAGACUACGCCAUUGCUGUGUCGACGUUCGGUAGCGCCAGCGCAGGGACUGUAUCGGUACCGGUAUGUGUGUUCGCAACGGGCAUUUACGAAAACAUAUGAGCAAGCUUUCAAGACUGAUGCUGCCACCACUGGAAAAAUUGAGGCAGGGCUCAAACCACCAAAGGCCUGACAAACUUGCAUAAUUGCAUUCUUCUCUAUUGGGUGUUUUGUUUUUAUUAUUUGAAAUUUGAAUAAGUUAUGUGUGAUGGC